AGUUUUUGAAGCGAUCCCCUCUAUGACUGCGCUGCAUGGCGUUGCCAGAGCCGCUGCCUUUGGGCUUUGUGACCCUGCGGCCGCGCUUGGGCGACGCCGGGCUGGCAGAGUUGGUGCUGCAGGCAGCUGAUCACCCGUUCACAGACGAUGGCGUCACAAAGAUGACGGAUUACAUCGACGAUUUUUUGAAGUAUGACCUUGUGAAGAAGGGCUUUUCCAUCGUCUACGAUUUGCGGAGCCUUCGAGUGCCCUCACUGUCACUGGUCAAGCAGCUGGCAGACUGGGGCCGCGACCCCGAGCGACAGCAGACCUUCCAGCGGAUGAACAAGAUCUGCAAGGUAGUUGUUUCUGAGGGCUGGCGCUUUGGCGUGGCCAAGCGCAUCCUCUCAGCGUUUUUCGCCAUGUGCCCUCCUGUGUGCGACACAUUCCUGCUGACAGCAGUCGACCAGAGCUCCAGCGAAGGUUUGUAUUUUGCACCGCCAGAGACAGGGAAGCUCGAUGAAGGAACCGCAUCAGGAGCGCCUCCAGAGCCGGAGAUUCAGCCAGGCAGUGAUGCCGUCGGCAAGGGUGGCAUGCUGCGGCGGCUCCUGCGGCAGCUGCUGGACUUCCUGGCCGAGCCCUCCGGCGCUCCUUUAGUCUAUGCGGCACACUUCUGUCCUUCGAUUUCUGGACCGCAUGCGUAACCUGCUUCGUUGCUGUGAGAGAUGGCCAAAGUUGCCUUCACAAAUUCACAGCGAGUCCGGCUUCCACAGGAAAACAUUUGGGUGUGGC